UUUCACUGAUGGAGAUGAAACCUCCGAUUUCUCGAGCAAAAAUGAUUCUCAUCACAAAAGCUGCCAUUAAAGCUAUUAAGCUGUACAAGCAUGUUGUCCAGAUCGUAGAGAAGUUUAUCAAAAAGUGCAAACCGGAAUAUAAAGUCCCUGGAUUGUACGUUAUUGACUCUAUUGUUCGUCAGUCUCGUCACCAGUUUGGAACAGACAAAGAUGUUUUUGGGCCAAGAUUCUCUAAAAACAUUACUGCCACAUUCCAGUAUUUGUAUCUCUGUCCAUCUGAAGACAAGAGUAAAAUAGUCCGCGUCCUGAACCUUUGGCAGAAAAACGGAGUAUUUAAAAUUGAAAUAAUUCAGCCUCUUCUGGAUAUGGCAGCAGGAACUAGUGCCACUGCACCAGUGACAGAAAAUGCUACUAAUAAUGAAGGUUCGCCACCCCCUCCAACAAAGGUUCCUUCAGAGCCCCCUCAAGUUACUGCUAACUCAGUACCUACUGUGCCACAGUUGCCCAGUUCUGAUGCCUUUGCAGCUGUAGCUCAGCUGUUCCAAACAACGCAAGGACAACAGCUUCAGCAAAUCCUUCAGACUUUUCAACAGCCUCAAAAACCCCAGUCACCGGUCAUAGACAACACUGUGAUGGCUCAGGUUCAAGCUAUUACUGCUCAGUUGAAAACUACAGCAGCACAACCACCAGAACAAAAAGCUGCUUUCCCACCACCCGAGCAAAAAACAUCAUUUGACAAAAAGCUGCUGGAUCGGUUUGACUAUGAUGAUGAACCAGAAGCAGUGGAAGAGUCAAAGAAAGAAGAUUCAGCUCCUUCUCCUUCAGUUUCUCAGCCAGCUUUGACCCCUCUCUCAUUCAGUGCACAGGCUGGAUGGUGCUCGAUACCUGGUGGAUUUCCAGGAGAAGGUAUGCAACAGCCAGUGUUUCCCCAACUCCCAAAUAUGGAUCCUUUUCAGCAGCGAAUGAUGGGAAUACAACAGGAUCCAAUGCGUCACCAGGUUCCGCUUCCUCCUAAUGGGCAAAUGCCAGGUUUUGGUCUCCUGCCUACUCCACAGUUUCCACCCAUGGCUCAGCCUGUAAUUCCGCCAGCAGCACCUGUGCAGCAAACUUUUCAGUCUCCUUUUCCAGUACAGAGUGAAUCACACAUGCAAAAACCACAUCAGCAGGAUAUGGAAGUAGAACAGCCACCUGUUCAAGAGGGAAAACGGCAUGCUUCUGACAACAGAAAGUCAAGAUCCAGGUCUGCAUCAAGGUCACCUAAAAGGAGACGUUCAAGAUCUGGCUCCCGAUCUCGAAGAUCACGUCAUCGUCGAUCUCGGUCGCGGUCCAGGGAUAGACGCCGACACUCUCCAAAGUCUCGGUCACAAGAAAGACGUGAACGUGAGAGGGAGAGAGAACGCAGGUCAAAAGGCCUUCCCCAGAUCAAGUCAGAAACUGUUAGUGUUUGUAGUACUACGCUUUGGGUAGGACAGCUUGACAAAAGGACAACUCAACAGGAUGUUGGAAGUCUUUUGGAGGAGUUUGGCCCGAUUGAAUCAAUAAACAUGAUACCGCCUAGAGGAUGUGCCUAUAUUGUGAUGGUUCACAGACAAGAUGCUUACCGUGCCCUACAAAAACUGAGCCGAGGAAACUUCAAAGUCAAUCAGAAGUCUAUAAAGAUUGCAUGGGCUUUGAAUAAAGGAAUAAAGCCAGAUUACAAGCAGUAUUGGGAUGUAGAAUUAGGUGUUACUUACAUACCAUGGGACAAAGUGAAACCUGAAGAUCUUGAAAGCUUCUGUGAAGGAGGAAUGUUGGACAACGAAACUCUUAGUCCAGAGUGGAAGGGGAUUCCCAAGAAGUCUGAAAAUGAAGUAGCUCAGAAUGGAGGUGCAGAAGCUACACAUAAUGAACCAGUGUCACCUAUACCUAAAGCUUUACCUGUUCCAAUUCCCGUUCCCAUGCCUGCACCAAUAACAGUACCUCCUCCACAGGUUCCACCACAUCCAUCAGGUCCUCCUGUGGUUGGUGCACUCCAACCACCUGCUUUCACAGCACCUUUAGGAAUCCCACCUCCUGGAUUUGCUCCUGGAGUGCCACCACCGCCACCGCCUCCAUUUUUACGACCUGGUUUCAACCCAAUGCAUUUACCCCCAGGCUUUCUUCCUCCUGGGCCACCACCACCUAUAACUCCUCCGGUAUCUGUUCCUCACACUCCAGCAGUAAACAUCCCAAAUUCUACAGCAACUGGUGUGAAUGAAGACACUACAAAAGAUUCAUCUGUAGGAAAUCCCAUCCCAACAGUGGUUUCUGGAUCCAGAGGGACUGCUGAAUCUACCGAUAGUUCCAAAAUAUAUGGGACUGUUCCACCUCCUGUAGCACCUACUAAUGUACCUGCUCCUGUCACCCAAGCGAUUCCGCUUCUUGUGGAGGCAGAUAAAGUCGUCCACGUGCUCGGGGUGGCUUCUUUCAACGUUCAGCAUUAUCAACCAGGGGGAUAG